GCCACAUCUUUUUAAAGAUAAGUCCAUUCCAAGACUCACAUGAGUCCAAAAACCAAAAGGGCGGAUUUAUUCGGUCUUGGAUUUAAUAUGUGAAGACACAGCUGCGGACAUUCACAAAGGAGGAGCGUGAAGCACAAACACAAGAAUGGCCAGAAGACAGGAGUUUGAGGCGAAGAGAAGAACAAAAGUACACGUUUAUAGUGCGUACAUGGAUAUAGGUGCACGAUAUCGCUCAUGAGUUUCAAUCAAGAGUUUCAAAAGGUUGUUUCCAUGGCACAUGACUAGUAAGCCGCUUUUGCUAAUUUCCUCCGCAUGUACCCUCCAAAGUGAGAGCAGGUCACUCAGAAAACCCAACCUCAGCUUAUCAUCUGAAGUCCCCUCUCUUGUGAAAACCUCAUAUCUUAAGCCAUGGAGGGGAUGCAAAAGCUAGAGGAAGAUCAUCAGAGACAGAGAGAAAGCAAGAAUUCCGCUCUUACCCUGGAUCUCAGCCUAUCUAGGGAAGAUUCCUGUCACGGUUCGAAUCCAGAACUGGAUCUCAUCCAAGGUUUCGACUCCGAUUCACCUCGAAACUCUGAAGACACCCUUCCAGGUAGUGAAACCGAGCCAAGAGUGUUUUCAUGCAACUAUUGUCAGAGGAAAUUUUACAGCUCUCAAGCACUCGGAGGCCACCAGAACGCGCACAAACGAGAGCGGACGCUAGCAAAGCGUCACCGGAUCGGCGGUUUUGCGUAUUCCAGCAUGGCCUCCCUGCCUCUGCAUGGCUCUUAUAACAGAUCUCUCGGCAUUCAAGUGCAUUCCAUGAUCCACAAGCCGCCUCACACUUAUGGACAUGACGGGUGGAGUCGGCAAUCGCUGAAUCAGCAGCCUGCAGUUGGAAGACUUGUGGUACAGGAUUCUUUUCGUGUGGGUAUAACCACCACAGGAUCAUCAUCAAAUUCCGGGAUCGGCAGAUUCGACGGAGUCAGGAGGAUUCCUUCUGCCGCCGAAGGGAUGGGAGGAUCCUGGUGGGGCAGUGUAAACCAUUUGGAUACCAAACAAGAUGAAGUGCAGAAAAUUGACUUGUCCCUGAAACUCUAAGCUGUUUUUCUCUUCCUUUUCCCCCCCUUUUUUCGCCCUCUCCAAGCAAAAGUAAUGACAUUAUCUUACUUCUUCAGGCAAAGUUGGUUUAUUUUGUUUCGGGAUUACCAUCUGUACAUGCUUUUCUGAGUAUAGACAUAAAUCACCGUGGGAUGGACUAAUUUCUAGGACGCUUCUACUGUCUCCUA